CCUGGCAACUUAAAGAUGAGGUUGUCAGGAUUCAUGCUGCCCUCUCCUAUAGUCAGCAGUGGAUCUAUAUUGGCCUUGUGGUUUACCACAGACUUUGCUGUCAGUGCACAGGGCUUCAAAGCUGUAUACGAAGUCCUGCCUAGCCAUACAUGUGGCACCCCCGGCCUCAUUCCAAAUGGGGUCAUUCAUGGCUCGCGGUACAACAUGGGGGACAAGAUCCGAUACAGCUGUGAGUCAGGUUUUGUAUUGGAAGGACACAGUAUCCUCACAUGUAUUGUGUCACCUGGCAGUGGAGCACAGUGGGACUUCCCAUCACCAUUUUGUAGAGCGGAGGGAGCAUGUGGCGGUACAUUACGAGGCACUGCGGGUUCAAUAACCAGCCCCGGAUACCCUGCAGAGUACGACAACAACCUGGACUGUACAUGGUCAAUCCUCGCUGAGCCCGGGGACACCAUAGCUCUUGUCUUUAAUGACUUCUUACUAGAGGACAAAUAUGACUUCCUGGAGAUCAGCGGGACCGAAGCACCAAGCAUAUGGUUGACUGGUACAACCCUGCCCUCACCAGUGAUAUCGAAUAAGAACUGGCUUCGGAUACAUUUCACCUCAGACAGCAACCAUCGACGAAAAGGAUUCAGCGCUCAAUACCAAGUUAAGAAAGCAAUAGAGCUGAAGUCCAGAGGGGUGAAGAUGAUGCCCAGCAAAGACUCCAGUCACAAAAAUGCCGUCUUGAGUCAAAGCGGUCUUGCUGGGGAUGUUUGUCCAGACCCUGGAGUUCCAGAAAAUGGCAAGAGGAUGGGCUCUGCCUUCCAAGUUGGCUCCAGUGUCCAAUUCAGUUGUGAUGACAGCUAUGUACUGCAAGGAUCUAAAAGUAUCACCUGUCAACGAGUCACUGACACACUGGCUGCCUGGAGUGACCACAGACCCAUCUGCAGAACUCGUACCUGUGGCAGUAAUCUAAGGGGGCCCAGAGGGGUGAUAACUUCUCCUAACUACCCUGUUCAAUAUGAGAACAACGCACACUGUGUAUGGGUCAUCACUGCAAUGGACUCUGGGAAGGUGAUAAAGCUGUCAUUUGAAGAGUUUGACCUGGAAAGAGGAUAUGACACACUAACUGUGGGAGACGGAGGAAAGAUAGGAGACACCCGGAGGGUACUCUAUGUACUCACUGGCUCCAGUGUUCCUGACCUCAUCGUAAGCUUGUCCAAUCAGAUGUGGCUACACCUGCAGUCAGAUGAUACAAUCGGCUCAGCAGGGUUUAAGGCAGUCUAUGAAGAGAUAGAACGGGGAGGCUGUGGUGAUCCCGGGGUGCCGGCAUUUGGUCGUCGUAGCGGUGAUCGCUUUCAACAUGGUGACGUGUUGACCUUCUUUUGCCAGUCGGCCUUUGAACUUGUGGGAGAAAGGACCAUCACAUGCCAGCACAAUAACCAGUGGUCUGGAAAUAAACCCAGCUGUGUCUUCUCUUGUUUCUUCAACUUCACGGCUCCAUCAGGGACUAUAUUGUCCCCGAACUACCCAGAGGAGUAUGGUAACAACCUGAACUGUGUGUGGUUGAUUAUUUCUGAACCAGGAAGCCGUAUUCAUCUCCUCUUCUCUGACUUUGACUUGGAGCCACAGUUCGACUGGUUGGUGGUCAAAGAUGAAGGUCUGUCUGAGCCAACAACAUUUGGAACAUUCUCAGGAAAGGAUGUUCCAUCACAGAUCGCCUCAAAUGGACACAUCAUGAGACUGGAAUUUCAGUCUGAUCACUCAAACACUGGAAAAGGCUUCAAUAUCAGCUACACCACGUUUGGUCAGAAUGAAUGUCAUGACCCAGGAGUUCCUGUCAAUGGUCAAAGGUAUGGUGACCAAUUUCAGCUCGGCAGCUCUGUGGCUUUUCGCUGUGAUCAAGGAUUCAUUAGGACACAGGGAUCAGAUCAGGUCACUUGCAUCAUCCAGGAUGGAAAUGUUGUUUGGUCUGCGGCUGUACCUCGAUGUGAAGCUCCAUGUGGAGGCCAUCUCACAGCUCCUACUGGUGUUCUGCUGUCUCCUGGUUGGCCUUCCUUUUAUAAAGACUCCCUGAGUUGCCAGUGGGUGAUUGAGGCACAAACAGACCAUGCUGUGAAGAUACACUUUGACAGGUUUCAGACCGAGGUCAACUAUGACACACUGGAAAUCAGGGAUGGCCCCUCCGCCUCCUCCCCACUGAUUGGUGAAUACCACGGCACCCAAGCACCUCAUUUCCUGAUUUCCACGUCCAACUUCCUGUUCCUGUUGUUCACUACAGAUAACAGCCGCUCUGCAGCAGGCUUCAGCAUCAGAUAUGAAAGUGUGAAAAUGGAGUCAGACUCUUGUCUCGAUCCUGGUAUCCCAGUCAAUGGUCGUCGCCAUGGCAGCAGCUUUUCCAUUGGCUCCCGUGUCUCAUUUACAUGUGACCCAGGAUACACACUGAGUGAUCAGGAGCCAAUUGUUUGUGAGCAGAAUCAUCAGUGGAGUCAUGCUCUUCCCAGUUGUGAUGCUCUUUGUGGAGGCUAUGUUUAUGGUAAAACGGGGACUAUUCUGUCUCCUGGCUUUCCUGACUUCUACCCUAACUCUCUUAACUGCACCUGGACAAUAGAAGUAUCUCAUGGGAAAGGAGUCCAUCUGGUUUUCCACACUUUCCAUCUUGAGGAAAACCAUGACUACCUGUCCAUCACUGAGGAUGGGAAUUUCCAGGUCCCAGUAGCUCGACUCACUGGCUCAGUGCUGCCCCCUAGUGUCAAAGCAGGACUCUAUGGAAACUUCAGCGCUCAGCUACGAUUUAUAUCAGAUUUUUCCAUGAGUUAUGAAGGAUUUAAUAUUACUUUCUCAGAGUAUGAUUUAGAGCCAUGUGAGGAUCCUGGUGUACCGGCAUUCAGCAGGAGGAUGGGAUUCAGAUUUCGAGUUGGUGACUCGCUGGCCUUCUCUUGUUUCCAUGGCUACCGACUUGAGGGAGACAGCAAGAUCACUUGUCUGGGAGGAGGCAGGCGAGUCUGGAGCAACACACUACCACGAUGUAUAGCUGAGUGUGGAGCCUCCUCACUAGGACCAGAAGGCGUUCUCCUUUCUCCAAACUUCCCCUCCAACUACGAUAAUAACCACGAGUGCAUUUACCGCAUCACUACCGAAAAGGGCAAAGGAAUCAGGCUGAAAGCUGAGAGCUUCUCACUGCAGGAUGGAGACUAUCUCAAGGUAUAUGAUGGAGAGAACACUUCAUCCCGUCUCCUUGGCAACUUUACACGUGAUGGCAUGAUGGGUCAUGUCAUCAAUAGUACAUCCAAUCACUUGUGGCUGGAGUUCAACAGCAACGCCUCUGGAACCAAUCAAGGUUUUCGCCUCACAUACACGAGUUUUGACUUAGUACGCUGCGAGGAACCAGGCGUCCCUAGUUAUGGCUAUAAGAUCCAGGACGACGGUCAUUAUGCCAACACUUUUGUGCUGUACUCCUGCAACCCUGGAUACAGUCUCCAUGGCAGCAGUACACUGACCUGUCUUAGCGGGGACAGACGUGUCUGGGACAAACCACUUCCUUCCUGUAUCGCGGAGUGUGGAGGUCACAUCGCUGGAGCAGUGUCUGGACGGAUUCUGUCGCCAGGUUAUCCUGCUCCUUAUGACAACAACCUCCACUGUACCUGGACUAUCGAGGCUGAUACAGGCAAGACUAUCAGCCUCCACUUCAUCGUCUUUGACACUGAGAUAGGCCACGAUAUCCUGAGAGUUUGGGAUGGUCCAUCUGGGCCAUCAGAUGGGGGGAUCCUGUUGAAAGAAUGGUCAGGCCCAACCCUACCUGAAGAUAUCCACUCAACUUUCAACAUACUCACACUGCAGUUUGAUUCAGAUUAUUUCAUCAGCAAGCAAGGAUUUUCUAUACAGUUCUCCACCACUACAGCAACGACCUGCAAUGACCCAGGCAUCCCUGUAAAUGGUUCUCGAUACGGGGACAGUAAGGAGCCUGGUGACAGUAUGACGUUCCAGUGUGACCCAGGCUACCAGCUGGAAGGCCAGGACACCAUCACAUGUGUACGGAUGGAUAAUAGAUUCUACUGGCAACCUGACCCUCCAACAUGUAUAGCAACCUGUGGGGGUAACAUCAGUGGACCCUUUGGAGUAAUUCUGUCUCCUAACUACCCCCAGCCUUACCCCCCUGGGAAAGAGUGCGACUGGAGAAUCAGGGUCAACCCUGACUUUGUCAUUGCCCUCAUCUUCAAAAGUUUCAACAUGGAGCCAAGUUACGACUUCCUGCACAUCUACGAGGGUGAAGACUCCAAUGGGCCGUUACUAGCAAGUCUCCAAGGCAACCAGGCCCCAGAGCGAAUAGAGAGCAGUGGUAACAGUCUCUUCCUAGCAUUCAGAUCUGACGCCUCACUGGGCAUGUCUGGGUUCGCCAUCGAAUAUAGAGAAAAACCAAGAGAGGCCUGUUUUGACCCUGGUAACAUUAUGAACGCCAGUCGGACAGGUUAUGACUAUAAACUUGGAUCUCAGGUUUCCUACAACUGUCACCAUGGCUACACAACCGUGGGUGGGGAAACCAUCACCUGUGUCAUGGGGCAUGAUGGGAAACCAGUGUGGGACAGGGCUCUGCCAUCAUGUAAAGCCCCAUGUGGAGGACAGUAUGCUGGAUCUGAAGGGGUUGUUUUGUCUCCAAACUAUCCCCUAAACUACACUAGAAGACAGACUUGCUCCUAUUACAUCACUGUGUCUCCACAGUUUGUGGUGUUUGGUCAGUUUGCCAUUUUCCAGACAGCGAUGAAUGACUCUGUGGAACUGUUUGAUGGAGCCAAUGAGAAUGCUCGAUUGCUUAGCUCCCUUGCUGGGUCACAUUCAGGAGAAACAUUGCCAUUGGCAACUUCCAAUCAGAUCAUGUUGCGGUUCAAUGCUAAGAGUGGCCAGUCAGCUAGGGGCUUUCACUUCGUCUAUCAAGCUGUGCCUCGCACCAGUGACAGUCAGUGCAGUUCAGUGCCAGAACCUCGCUACGGAAGGCGGAUCGGUUCAGAGUUCUCGGCCGGCUCUGUGGUUAGGUUCGAGUGCAGUCCCGGGUAUCUACUGAAAGGAUCCAGUGCUAUCCGGUGCCAGGCAGUGCCAGGUGCCCUCGCUCAAUGGAACGCAACAACGCCAACCUGUAUAGUUCCCUGCAGUGGCAAUGUGACCGAACGUCGUGGUACAAUACUGUCUCCUGGCUAUCCUGAACCCUACCCAAACAGUCUCAACUGUCUUUGGAGGAUCCAUGUCAGUGAAGGGGCUGGGAUACAGAUCCAAGUGAUGACGUUUGCUACUGAGCACAACUGGGACUCUCUGGAGAUCUACGAUGGAGGAGACAUGACAGCUCCUAAAUUAGGGUCAUUUUCUGGAACUACAGCUCCCGCCCUCCUCAAUUCAACAUCAAAUCAGCUCCUUCUUCAUUUUCAGAGUGACAUCAGCGUGGUGGCAGCAGGCUUUCACCUAGAAUACAAGACUGUUGGUCUUACCACCUGUCCAGAGCCGAUGAUCCCUGCCAAUGGCAUUAAAACUGGAGACAGAUAUAUGGUCAAUGAGGUGGUGGCAUUCACCUGUGAGCCUGGGUACACGUUACAGGGCCACUCUCACAUUUCCUGCAUGCCUGGUACUGUACGUCGAUGGAACUACCCACCUCCUCUAUGCAUAGCUCGUUGUGGUGGGGUGUUGUCUGAGAUGAGUGGUGUCAUCCUUAGUCCAGGUUUCCCUGGCAACUACCCUGGCAACCUGGACUGCACCUGGCAAAUCACCCUGCCAACUGGAUAUGGAGCCCAUAUUCAGUUCCAAAACUUCUCUUCUGAAGACAACCAUGACUUCCUUGAGGUCAGGGCUGGACCACAGCAUAGCUCUGCUCUUAUUGGACAGUUUACUGGUUCGCAGAUCCCACUCCCUCUACUGAGCACCACCCACCUGACGAUCAUCCACUUCUACAGUGACCACUCAGAGAACAGGCCAGGAUUCAAACUGACCUAUCAGGCCUAUCAGCUGCAAAACUGCCAGGAACCCUUUCCUUUCCCCAAUGGUGACAUCAUCAACAGUGACUACAGCGCUGGCCAAUCAAUAACUUUUCAGUGCUACCCUGGUUAUGUUUUGAUUGGACACCCAGUUCUAACAUGCCUGCACGGGACCAACCGAAAGUGGAACCACCCAUUUCCACGCUGUGAGGCUCCUUGCGGCUAUAAUGUAACAGCUGAAAAUGGGACAAUCUAUUCACCUCAGUACCCCAAUGAAUACCCCAACUCCCAAGAAUGUAUCUGGCUCAUCACUGUUCCCCACGGACAUGGCGUUUAUAUCAACUUUACCUUAUUGCAGACGGAGCCUGUCACUGACUACAUUGCUGUCUGGGAUGGCCCAGAUACAUCCAGCCCUCAGCUGGGAGUCUUCAGUGGCAACACAGCAUUAGAGUCAGCCUACAGUACUAGCCCAAAGGUCCUGAUCCGCUUUCACUCUGACUUUUCAACCGGAGGGUUCUUCAUUCUCAACUUCCAUGCUUACCGUCUGAAGAAAUGCCCUCCUCCCCCUGUUGUGGAGAAUGCAGAGGUGAUCUAUGAAGAUGAAGACUUCCGGAUAGGUGAUAUUGUUAAGUAUCGCUGUUUACCUGGAUACACACUGGUCGGAAAGGCAGAGCUUAUGUGCAGACUUAACUCCCAUUUGCUUUUUGAAGCCCCUCCACCAACAUGUCAAGCCGAGUGCCCAGCUAAUGAGGAGCGGUCUUCAUCAUCAGGAGUAAUACUAAGCCCCGGGUUUCCUACCAACUACCCCAACAGCCAGACAUGCUCCUGGCUGUUACGUAUGGUUCCAGGUUAUACCAUCAAUAUCUAUGUUGAGAUGUUCCACAGCGAGAAACAGUUUGAUGAACUGGAGAUCUUUGAUGGAUCUUCAGGACAAAGCCCUUUGCUUGUUGCUCUAAGUGGUAACCACUCAUCUCAGCUGAACUUCACAUCUAAAACAAACCAGCUUUAUCUACGAUGGUCCACUGACCAUGCAACCAACAAGAGAGGAUUCAAGAUACGAUAUUCAGCUGCCUACUGUAGCAUUAAUGAUCCUCCAGUGAAUGGGGGCUUGGUCAACCGAACUAAACUCCGACCAGGUAGUAGACUACAGUUCUUUUGUAACCGUGGUUACCACCUGGUAGGCUCAACCAAUGCCACCUGCAGGCUCCACUCCAAUGGGCUUUUCCAAUGGGACACACCACCACCUUUUUGUCAAGCUAUCUCAUGUGGAAUCCCUCAGUCACCGGGCAACGGCAGCUUCCAUGCUUACCAGUACACUGUUGGUAGCCAAGUUACCUACCAUUGUAACCAUGGUUACCACUUUGACCCCGGUGUUUCAAUGACCGCGGUGUGUUUGGAAGAUGGCAGCUGGAGUAAUGCUGCGUCAGCCCCCAGAUGUCUACCGGUCCACUGCCCUAGCAUUGAGGGCAUCUUAUCAGAUCACAUGACCCACCACCUGCUCUAUGGUAGAUUGGGGGAGUUUGGGUCUAUGGUGAUGCUGGAAUGCUCAAAAGGGUACUAUUUGGGUGUGGGGCAUCGGACUCUUCGCUGCCUUGCCAACGGGACCUGGGAGGGGUCAGAUGACCCAGCUAUGUGCAAGAUCAUCUCCUGUGGUGAGCUUCCUUCUCCACCCUUUGGGACCAAACUGGGGACACUGACAACAUUUGGAGCAACUGCAAUCUUUAUGUGUAACCAUGGUUACACGCUGGUUGGGUCACAUGUCAGAGAGUGCGGUGCUAACGGUCUGUGGAGUGGUGCAGAAACCAGGUGUCUAGCUGGUCACUGUGACUCUCCAGAUCCUAUAGUCAAUGGUCACAUUAGUGGAGAUGGCUCUAGCUACCGUGACACAGUGGUGUACCAGUGCAUGUUAGGAUAUCGCUUAAUUGGCACGUCAGUCAGAAUCUGCCAGCAAGACCAUCGGUGGUCUGGAACAACACCCGUCUGUGUCCCGAUCACUUGUGGUCACCCCGGCAACCCAGUCAACGGGCGGACUAAUGGCAGCGAAUUCAACCUCAAUGAUGUUGUCAACUUUACCUGUAACAGAGGUUACAUCCUCAGUGGAAAUGCUCGUGCUCAGUGCCGACUCAACGGACAGUGGAGCAGCCCCCUACCUGUCUGCAAAGUGGUAAACUGUUCGGACCCCGGCCAUGUGGAGAAUGGUGUGCGCCAGUCUGGCAUACGUUACCCAGAAGUCUUCAGCUAUGGUGUGAGUGUGGCAAUCCACUGUAAACGAGGCUUCUACCUGCUGGGCUCUGCGCUCCUCACAUGUCAACAUGAUGGACGGUGGGACAGACCAAUCCCUCGCUGCCAAGCUAUUUCCUGUGGAGACCCCGGUGUACCCCCUAAUGCAGUAGUAUCUGGAACCCACAGUUGGACGUAUGGUUCAGUGCUGCAGUACUCCUGUCUGCCCGGAGGGGUGCUGGUGGGCAACGCUACUCGCCACUGUCAGGAAGAUGGCACGUGGAGUGGAGUGCCACCAUACUGCACUGGUGUAAGUCCAGGAAUCUGUGGAGACCCAGGGAUCCCUCCCCAUGGUGCUCGUCUGGGAGGGGAAGAAUUUAAAACCAAGAGCUUGUUGCGUUUCAGCUGUGAAGCAGGAUAUAGUCUGACUGGCUCAGCUGAAAGGACCUGCCUUCAUAAUAGCACCUGGAGUGGCACACAGCCUGUCUGUCAAGCUGUAUCCUGUGGUAACCCUGGCACCCCAGCACACGGCAGAAUCGUCUUCAGUGAUGGCAUCACCUUCGGCAGCUCGGUGGCUUAUGCAUGCUGGGAAGGCUUCAAAACAUCAGGCCUGACCACGAGACAUUGCACAACAAAUGGGACAUGGACAGGACAACCCCCAGACUGCACUGUGAUCAGUUGCGGAGACCCUGGGCCAGUAGCCAAUGGGAUCUAUCUUGGACGUGAGUUUACCUUCAACCACACGGUGACCUACCGCUGUAACCCUGGUCACCUGAUGGAACCACCUGAACCUGGACACAGCGUUCUGCGAUGUACUAAAGAUGGAACCUGGAACCAAACCAAACCCAGCUGUAAAGUGAUCCAGUGUGGACCUCCUCCUCAAGUACAUCAUGGGAAAGUGGAAGGGACAGACCAUUCAUGGGGAUCAAGUAUUAGUUAUAGUUGUUUCCAUGGUUACCAGUUGUCCACUCCUGCUGUUUUAACCUGUGAGGGGAAUGGGACAUGGACAGGAGACAUACCACAGUGUCUACCUGUCCUGUGUGGCGAUCCUGGAUCUCCCGGAGGAGGAUUCAGAGAGGGGAACGCCUUUUCAUACCGGUCAGAGGUCCGGUUUUACUGCCAUGCCCCCUACUUGCUGGUAGGCUCUGCCUCCAGACUCUGUCAGGCCAGUGGGAUUUGGAGUGGCCAGCAACCAGCCUGUAUAGACCCAGCCUUCAACAGCUGUCGUGACCCAGGAACUCCAGCCUAUGGUAUCCCAGUCAUGGCACUGGGCUUUCAGGUUGGCAGUAAGAUUUCCUUCAAGUGCCGCAAAAGCUACCACAUCCUCGGUUCAACCACAAGAACGUGCCUAGAAAAUCUAACCUGGAGUGGAACUCAGCCUGAGUGUAUAGCCCAUUCAUGCAGACAGCCAGAGACCCCCAGUAAUGUAGAUGUUCGGUCUAUGGACCUGCCUACCUUGGGAUAUACGCUGAUCUACACUUGUCAAGAUGGUUUUUAUCUGUCUGGGGGAUCAGAGCACAGAACCUGUAAAAGUGAUGGGAGAUGGUCGGGCAAACCCCCGCUAUGUAAAGUUGGAGUCAAAGUCAAUCCCAAAGGCAGAGGAGAGUCAGAUGUCCAGAAGAACAAGAUUCGUGUUCCGGUGGAUGUUUUCUCUCAAAACUCUGAGUGGAGCGGUUUCUACGAGUAUCUAGGGAAGCGACAGGCCACCACAUUUACAGUUACUGGGUUCAAUGCUUCCAGUGGCAGAGUUAACGUCACAUUACUGGAGACCAGCGGAGUGUCAAUCAGACUGUCAGGUACCUAUAAGUCAGAGGAAAACCAGCUGCUGUUGAAAGUCUACCAGGUAAAGGGACCGACAGAGCAUUACUACAGCAAGUUUAAAAAUGACAACUGGGCGAUGGAUGGACAUGUUACAGCAGAAUCAGACCAGAAGACUUUUGUUUACCAGGGGCAUAUUCACAGUAAAGACUUUGGCAAGUUCCAUCUGACGAGGCAAGGUCUUGUAACCAUUGCAAUGGACCCACCUAACCCCUAUACAAACAGCAGCUCUGUUGCAGCAGCCAUCUUAGUUCCUUUCUUUGCCCUCAUCCUGUCUGGAUUUGCCUUCUACCUCUAUAAGCACAGGACAUUGUCUGCUGAGACAGAUGACAAUGAGAGACCAAAAGACACCUGGGGGCCUGGCGGCAGGACACGUCCCAAGGUCCAGUUCAAUGGCUAUGUCGGCCAUGAGAGCUCCAACGGUCAGGCAUCAUUUGAAAACCCAAUGUAUGACACCAACAUGAAGCCCACUGAGGCAAAGGCAGUUCGAUUCGAUACCACACUCAAUACAGUCUGCACUGUGGUAUAGUCCAGCAAACCCGCCAUUAAAUGGUGGUUCAGUCCAACUUCCAUGUUGCAGUCUGCGGUGGGGUUUAACCAAACAAAAAAGAACAAACUUAUGAUUUGGACACGUCACCGCGAGCAGUCUGUGUUGUAGCAUACUUGUCCUCUGCCAGCUUAAUAAGCAUAAUAAUGCAGUUCUGCUCCACCUUUUACCUGAAUAACAGUAUGAUCCACCUCUCCCUAGAGUCUGAAAGAGCUAAAUAAGUUGGAACCAAUAACCAAGGGAGUAGACAAUGACAUCCUCAAGUAAGAUGAAGUCUGUUGUUCAGGGAAUCAAUGCUGGGGGCAGAAUUCUUCUAAAGCACUGUUGCAAUUCAAACAUCAAGGAAAAACACAAUGAAAGACGGUACAAUUAGUUGAACUUCCUCCAUGACGACAACCAAAUUGAACAGUGCUCGUCCCGUGUCAGCUGACUGAAAUUUGACCCAACCUCUUUAUGGAAAGGGCUUUUGUAUGACCUGUGUCAUACAGCUCUCGAAUGCCCUCACUGAAACCUGAACAGUGGUUUACUUUCAACCUAACCCCAUACCCUCAGGCAGAAUUUGCACAGUAGUAUAGGCUUACCAACUCCCCCUGCUGUAGGCCAGAUAUGAGUUUGACCAAUGUGAGGUUCUACCUUCAGGGGAAGAACAUAUGCUAUUCCACCCCUCAGCCCCCUUCAGACAUUGAAUCGUAAUUGGACAAUUCCUAUAUGUCAACACAAAAACCAUCACUGGUUCCAAAACCUCCUACUGGACUUCCAUCAUGCUGGACUUGACAGGACUGGACUCUCUGAUGUAAUGACAGCUUACACAGUCCGUUUUAAUGGAAUCUGAUAUGAUUAUACAGGCUGCUGCAAAGCUGACAACCGAAUUCAGUCAUUGCAGUGACAAGUUCCAUCACACCAAAUCCUUUAAAGAAAAGGAUACUAUCAUCCACUACUGGAUACUAAUAUUUAAUUAGUACUAGGAGUGGUGGACUAUUGGAAUACACCAGGUACAAAUAACAUUUGCAGAUAAGUUUGAGUAGUUUUAGCCUAGUUGGAAUGAAUGGGUUAGGUUUAAUAUAGCAGGACAAUCACAGAGUUAGGUACGUUGAGUUGUCAAUUAAUCAUGGCUUUUCAAAUAGGUUACUGUGAUUGUCUUUACCUUCUGCCACUUGCUGUAUUGCCUUUUAUGACACUGUCUACCUACAGUCUUUGGCAACAUUUAGGCUAAAACAUACCAAAUCAAGCAUUUGCAAAUGCUAUUUUGCCCAGGUAUAGUACUAGAACUUGUGAACUAGUUCUAGAUGAGUUUUGGACAUUUUAACAUAUUCUAUAGUGCUACUACAGACUAAAAAUUAGUCAAAUACACAAUAUUCUACAUUAGCACUAGGCAGACUGUGC